CCGACAUUAUGCGGGCCGCUUCGGUGCGAUACAUACCGCAAGGGCUGACAGUGCCCGCACUCAUGUACGCCGACAUCAUUGCAUUUGUGACCGAAAAACUACCAUGGUGCGCUGAACAGCUCCGGGCCAUACCCACCACACCCAUAGACAUUAGACACACACAGGUGUCGCUGUUUGUCGGCGAAGUUAACGGCUUUAAUAUUAUGGCUAAACGGGUGGCAGCCCUGAGGGCCGGUCGAGACAUCAAGAUCACGGGCUCUGAGGCCGAACUGAUGGCCAAAUUUAAACAAUUAGAGAAAAAGAUAUUGUAUUUGUUGGAUCACGUGAUCAAAGUGGCCAGACAUCCCUUCUGGAGUGUAUUCCACGUACAAAUUAAAGAGUUUUGGCUGAAGGAGUUCCCAAAACUGGAGGUGGCUCUCAAUGAAUUGCCUGCCGGUUAUGUCAAGCUGAGAAACAUUCAGCUAAUUGUCAUGGAUCUGGCCCAUUCUACAUUGCCGCCCUUGUAAUUUGUUUACAAGAUGGUGCAACAGUUAUAAGAC